UGGCAGUGUAAUUCGCAUUUGGUGCAACGCAAAAAUUACGUAUACGUAAGGUGGGCCAGAAUACUCGGAAAUUGAAACUUGUUAACUACGCGAGCAAAAUGCAGGGUCUCGAUUUGAAGAGCAUAAAAAAGCACCCAUCGCUCAUCCCAUUGUUCGUGUGCUUAGUAGCAGGAGGACUGGGUGCAGGGUUUUAUAUUUUACGAUUAGCUACCCGUAAUCCUGAUGUUUCUUGGUCUCAAAAGAAGAACCCGGAACCCUGGCAGGAAUAUAGGGACAAACAGUACAAGUUUUAUUCACCCGUGCGGGACUAUAGCAAACAAGAGUGCCCAGCUCCUAAGUAUUAAAGUGGUCAGUCAGUAAUUUGUGCAGUUGAAAUAUAGAAAUAAUAUAAUUACUAAGAGUUACUCAGCGUCGCAUUAUGAGUUAAAUAUGAAAACUUAUUGAAUGUACUAAUAAAGUGUGAUCACGUUUGUUUUCA